CAUUUUGAGUUUGCUCGUCAAGGCAGACGGAAGCAUCUGCCUCAGCUUCCGAAAUACGCGCGUGCCUGAGCUUUCUAGUGCGUGUAUGUGUGUCCCAGUGUGUCCUUGCACAUGUGUGUGUAGCAAAAGCAGAGGCAAAGCUUUGCCAUACCGUCUGCAAAUACAAACCCUGCUGCUAACGGGACAAACAAAACACAGUGCGAGACAAACGAUGCGCGCUCAAAAAAUUGCCAACACCAAACUGUAGCAAAGGCAAUUACGAACCGUUAACGGGCCAUAAAACUUAAGAGCCAAAUUAUCAAGUAACAGACGCGAGAGAACAUAAAACAUGCGACGGCAGUCGGGACCUGUGGUUGGGCAAGUGCUGGCGCUGGUGUUGCUGUUCCUGCAGGACUUCGUGCAGCUGAGUGCAGAGAUUGCGCAUACGCCGCUGGCCAGCAAUCGCAUCAGCCAGGACUCGUAUGUCCCGCCGCCGUCCAGCUGCCCGCAGCGCCUGGCCUACGAAAAGAUGCUGGGCAGCAUCGAGGACGUCGAGGAUCUCUAUGUGGACGUGCCCAUACACAUUGCACUCGAGCAGCGCCAGAAGAAGCGAUUUGUGCUGCAGCUGAACAACUCGACGCCGCUGACGAUUCUCUUCUCGAUGCCCGUGGCACGUCAGCUCUUCUACAAUCAGACAGCAAACUUGCUGCGCCUCGCCGCGCCCGCCAAGGGCCCCACCAUGGGCCGGCUGGUCCUGCCCUGCGCCCUGCGCGGUCAAUACGAUCUCUUCGUGCAGGCACGCCAGGCCGGCGCCCUCAAGCUGGAGGCCCAGGCCAGGCACCCACACCAGUCGUGGCCCCUGCUCAAUCACACACAUCGCAUCGCCAUCCGCACCCAGAACCGAGUGCGCAAGCGUCAGCUGAUCGUCAAAUGGGAGCGCAGCAAAUUUGAUUACCAUGCCAUGCACUACUGCCUGGUGGUUCAGCGAGUCAACAGCGCCACCACCUCCGGCCAGGACUUUGACAGCUUCUGCGAAGCCGUAUACGCCUACACGCGGCAGCAGCAGGCGCACUCGCGAGGCACUGCCGGGCCGUGCCCGGGCGCCAGCAGCAGCUGGGACCUGGUAUGGUCAAGGGCGCCGAAGCGAGCGCGUCACCUGAAUCCGCAGCACCGGCUGCACAUUGUCUGCACCGGCGCCCGGACACAGCAGCAGCUGCGCGGACUGCAGCCGAACAGCAGCUACAGACUGCAGCUGUUCGGCGUGCACCAGCGACUGCAGAACCUGACGCUGGGCCUGGCCAGCGUCCAGGUGCACUUCAACCGCACCCAUCCAACGGAGCUGCGACAGCACGCGCUGGCGCUGCUCAAGAUCGGGGGUCUGCAUGGCGUCCAGGUGUACAGCUAUAAGGUGCCCGCGACCACACCACCGCCCAGUUUCAUGCGCUACCUGCUGCUGCCCUGUGCCGGCAGCGAGAUACGAGUGAAGCUUCUGCGCCAGCACCGACAGGUGGCCAACGUGGGCAACAUCUACUCGCCCACCUACAUCAAGCUAGAGGGCGUGCAGCCCGGCGAGCGCUAUCUGAUGCGCUUCCAACCCAGCAACGAGGACGAGGCGCUGCGAGCCCAGAAAGUUCGCCUGGCUAUCAGCACGGACCGCCUUUUCCGCGACCUGCCGGAACUGCCAGAUAACAUAACGGUAUUUAAUGUCCGAACGCGCUGCACCAGCGCAACAAUUGCAUGGCACGGAUCGCCAGACGAACGCGCCCUGAGCUACUGCGUGAUUGUGUUUAGUCUGCCGCAGCGAAGCGUUGCGGAGUUCACCAACUACUGCAUGGACUUUGGAGCGGUGCGGGUAACGCAGCACAAGAGCUUUAAGUACAUUCGUUGCCGCGAGAAGCUGCCGAGCAAUGUGGACAAGCUAGAGACAGAGACGAUACUCAGCCUGACGCCCGGCGACAGCUACUUGAUCUAUGUCACCGCCAACCUGAGCAUAGGCAAACCGCUGCCGUAUCAGACGCUGACCGUGCACAUGGGCAGUCAGUGCUUGGAGCUGGACUCGCAGGAGCAGUCCGAGUACGAGUAGCGCCACACGUGCUUGGCUAUGGCUUAACUGUGCGUAUGCGCAAUGCGCCUAUCGAUAUACAUAAAGAAACAAAUGGAAAACUAUCCGUCGUUAUAAAGCUACCUAAUUCACUAAACAAAACAGAACUAAACUAAACUAAAUUACACUAAAUGAAGUUAUGCAAUACCAUACUUUACUAUAACUAUGCGGGUUUUUGCGAUAAGCUUAAAAGACUAUAAUUUAGGCAAACAAAGAUAAGAGUGUGUGUGAGUGGGCGUGGCCGUGGAUACCUUUGUGCCCACAAAUUCCAA